UGUGUUUUUCAAUUGUGAUUUUAUAUGAAUUUUGCGAUUCAUGUUGUUGAACGGAAAAUAUUCAGCCAAUGACAAUACAUAUUUGGUGGUAGGGCUUUGUGCAAGCCUGUCUGGACUAGUUAACAAACAAGGACCGAAGUUGUACAUUGUUUUAUCCACAAAGAAUGUCGGUCGAUACAAAGCUCCAAUGCCCUACUUACUGGAUCAAUACAUAGAUGAACCUUGGAUAGUUAGAGUGCUAUGGAGACGUUCGCGGAGGCAUGGGCAGCGGCCAACACCGCCAAGUCGGAAGCUCCGAGUGAUCUUUCACAGACUUUGUCAUCAGACUUACGACGUAGUAAGACGCCACCGCGGCGAUCGCCCGAAGAGCGUGCAGUGCCUCGCCCGCCCUCCGCCCCGGUGCACCACGAGCGGCCCUCCCUCACACCACACAAUCCUCACCUGUCACCUAAAAAAGAAGCCUUUAACAAUCUUCUUAAUAAAGGAAUUUCAGGUAAAACUCUGCCAGUUCACUGUGUAGUGGAAGGUGUAGCGUCUCUCGAAGAGGGCGCCUGGAGAAGGCGAGCUGUCGUGGAGACGGACAGCUAUGUGAUCAUCCCCGCUGCCACAGCUUUUCACGAACUCGUACCAGCUGCUAUGAUGAGGUUGGGAUAUCCUCAUGAAUUGGCUGCCUCUGCCAAAGGAUCAGUGGUAAUAAACAAUUGGAAGCCACUCCCAUUCGAGCGUAUAUCAGAUGGACCACUAGCGACCGUCGGCGAAGUACUGGGAGAGCUGACAACGGUAGCAACUCUUCGAAUCCAGUUACUAAGACCUAGACUGACUCCGCUACAGGACAUCAAAGACAAGCUGCUCAGACUGCUGCUGGUACAGAGUAGACCUCUAUUAAUGUCCACGGGAUGCCCUUUAGAUGAGGUGACACUUGCCCAGAUUUGCCGUGGACAAGAUAGAUCUUCUGGUCCGCAUAAUUUUCAUGAACCGAGCGAAGAAACUCGCCGUAAAUUUGAGUCCUGGUGGAGCGCACAAGUUUCACCACGUCCUCCCAGACGCUACCCAUCUCCUGGCCCAAAAAACCGUUCACCUACCUUAAAUCCUCUUCCCGACCAUUUACACCCAGCAUUACAAACUGUUCAAAAUCAGUAUCCAACCCAAAAAACGAGGAUGAGGACUAGCUUUGACCCAGAACUAGAACUACCAAAGCUACAGCGCUGGUUUUCCGACAAUCAGCAUCCAAGCAGACAGCAAAUUCAGCAAUAUGUACGAGAAUUAAAUAAUUUAGAGUCGAGGCGAGGGCGUAAACCCUUAGAUGUUAAUAAUGUUGUUUAUUGGUUUAAGAAUGCUAGAGCAGCUCAAAAACGGGCAGAACUGCGCAAUAUUGGUGGUCUGGGACAUCUUGGCGUAAAUGGUUUUAACAGUAGAAGCCACAGUCCAACAAAUGGAUCAAUAAUGGUUGGCAAUGACAAUUACAGUUCUCAAGAUCAUAAUUCUAUGAAGAGUCCAAUGCAACUGACAGGAAGUCCUGGAAGGUAUCCAAUGUCAGUAAUGUCAGAGGACAAUUUAUCCAACGCUGGCUCUGAUUUAGAAGACGAAGGUGGUGAUUUAAAUCCAGAUGAUAGACCCGAGAGUCCAGAUGCACCACUUUCUCUCAUUACCACUAGGAAGAAUAAUCAUCACGACGGGGAGGAAAUUACUAAGGAAUCCCCUAAGCCACCGGAUAUAAUCAAGGUUCAUGAUAUUAAGCAAGAACCGAGGGAUCUGAGCAAAUCUGAUCAUAUGCCUUCUCCACAACGAUCUCCAACUAAAAACAGUGAUAGUUCACACAACAACAAUAAUAACAAUACCGAAGAAGAAAAUGGCGUUGGUGAUGAUCCAGACAUCGCUUCUGAUGAUGAAGUUGUUCAAGAACGCCAUUACAGACCCUCUUCCCCUCACCUCGAUCGCUUACCUUUUCCCAUGGUACCAAAUCAUCCAAUGUUUGGUCAUGGCAUAAUGUACAUGAGUCAAUAUAUGAGCGGUUUUCCUGGUGUUGGAGGUGUCCCUGGAGAAGGUGCCAGUGGUUUAAACUUGGCAUUAGCUGGAGCAUCUGAUGAGCGUCGCAAACGCAACCGUACAUUUAUCGAUCCAGUCUCUGAGGUUCCGGUUCUUGAACAAUGGUUCUCAAUGAAUACACAUCCUUCGCACAACUUAAUUCUCAAAUAUACCGAAGAAUUAAACAGAAUGCCUUACAGGCAGAAAUUUCCAAGACUCGAGUCGAAAAAUGUACAGUUCUGGUUCAAAAAUCGUCGAGCAAAGUGUAAGCGACUGAAGAUGUCCCUUUAUGAACCGACAUCUCCUGGACAUUAUUCGCAUCCUGGACAUCCCCAUGCUAUUGCCGAGAGGAAAUUGGUUUGAACAAUUAAUUGUAUCUUAAGUAGAUACUAAACGAAACAGUUCGAACCUGCUGUCUUCGUUUGGGUUCAAAUUAUGUGUGUGUUUGGAAGGAAAUUUUAAGACGAAAGACUGAAUAUGAAUCGUUUAUGGUAUAAAAAGUGCCAUUCUAGUGUAUAUUAUGGCAGUAAGAGCGCGACCGAGCAUUAUAGAGGGUCUAAAAAAAGUUUUAAGAAUAAUUCUUCCAAGACGUAAUAAAAAUAGAUUCGCUUUAUAAACUUUAAAGCUAUAUAAAUAAGCCGAUAAAUACAUUAUAAAUAUAAUUAUUCUUCGCUUCGAAUAAUUUCACAAUGUAGUAGUUGAAUCUCAAAUGUACUUUUAGUACAGUUGUUUUGUACAUUAUUAAUAUAAUCUUUAUGUUUUAUUUAUUAAAUAUUACGAUAUUAUUACGUAUGAGCUGUAAAUUUUAGCAAACAAUAAAAUGGAGAUACCAAAGUUUCCAUUGGUUAUUACAUAACAUGUAAAAAUUUAAUUAAAAUAAAGCAACGUUCUUAUAGAUUGAUAUGAGUCAUUAAGUUAUAUAGAUAAUAAAAUAUUGCACAUAUACAUUAAUAUGAUAUUCUAACUUUUUUGCUCAUAGGGGCUCUAAAGGUUUAUUGUAUGUAUUUACGUAGAUGUUAUUAUAAUGUAAGUGAUAUUACAAUGUAUAAUGAUAACGCACAUUCCUCUAUCACAUGAUUAUGUAGUACUCAAUCCAAAGAUUGAAUAUAUAAAAUAAUAAUAGGAUAUUACCAAAAUUAUUGUCAUAGUACAAUAGUAUUGUCUGAUAAGUUGUUUAACAAAGUGAUGCAAGAAUAACUACCAAUAUUUUAAUUAGAAUAAUUGAUGACGCCAAAAUUAAAAAAAAAACACGACUUUCUGCCAUAAAAAAAAACAAAAAAUUUAAAAACUUACAGCCAAUGUCACACGGGAUGAUGAAAGGAUUCUAACGAAACCCCUUUCAUUCAAAUCUGUUCUAACAUUAAAAACAUACAUAUAUAGUCUUCUUCUUCUUCGAGUGCCACUUCGACUAGCGAAGGUUAGCAGUCAGCUUUGAAUACUCCUUCUUGUUCUUCGCGAGGCGAAAGAGUUCGCCAGCACUUGCGAUUCCCGUCCAUUCUCGGAUGUUGCACAGCCAAGAUUUUUUCUGCGACCAACAGCUCUCCUUCCCGCAACUUUUCCCAUCAUAAUGAGUUGCAAAAGUUCAUAUUUUUCAUGCCUAAGCACGUGUCCGAUAUAUGCAACUUUUCUCUUCUUGACAGUCUUCUUGACGUCGCAGAACUUCCACGCUCGAGACCUUUUGAGUCCAACUAAUGGCCAACAUACGUCUAUAUGCCCAUACCUCGAAAGCUUCUAUACUUUUCUUGAGGUCUUCUUUAAUUGUCCUCGCAUCCGUAAAGAAGUAUAGGCUAGAUGUAACAAUAUAGGAAUCGUAUGCGCACAGGGAUCUUAAGUCUUCGAUUGCAGAGUACUUUUUUUAACGUGCAGAAGGAACUUCGAGUUAUUUCUAUGCGAGUUUUCAUCUCCUGUUCACAGCUCCUUUGUACUUGCGCACCUUAUCAAUUUUUUGGCCCGCUACAAUUAUAGCAACGUCAUCGAAGGUAUGUUUAAAUAUUACCAUGAUCUUCGUUUUUGAUGUGUUCAUCCGCAGACCAGCGUUUUCACUGCACUAAUUAACACGGCUUAUAAUUAAUUGUAACUCUUCAGGAGAUGAUGCUAUUAGGACUGUAUCGUCAGCGUAUCUGAUGUUGUUAAUAUACCGGCCAUUUAUUUUGACUCCACAUUUUAGGUCUUACAUACACUACACUUCUUUAACGGACAGUCGUGUAAAAACACACCCAUUUGCUUUUAUUUGCAUUAACAAUUUAUGAUUGAUUUGAUCUUGCGUAACCGCUUUCUCUGACUAGUUGAUCUUAUACAAAAACUAAUGCGUAUUUUUGUUUGUAUUCAAUACGUUCGCGUUUCAUUUAUCGGAUUGAAUUGGAACUCUGUACAUUGUUGUUCUAGCGUAAACAUUUCACGCUUAGUUCUAUCAACAUACAAUAGAUGGAGCAACUCCUAUGGUAUAAUUGUUUAAAGAAACAUUUUCAGAGGCAACUCAUGCCGGAAAUUAGUUAGAUAUAUAUAAAAAUACAAUGUUACAGUAUUUACGCAUUUACACAUUGAGGCUGUUUUUCUUACGGUUUCUAAUUUGUAUUGUUUUAUAGUUUUUAAACACAUCACUAGUGGUAACCGCUAUAAAAUGUUUUGUUGUUUCGAUGUUAUGCUUGUUUUGUGAAGCUGUGAUGAUAUAUCCAAAUAAUGUAAAUAUUUUAUUAAUGUUAAAUUAAGGUUUUUAUCAUAAAGCUACGUCACUAGGCUCACAUGAAAAUUAAGCAUUUAUUGCUUAGAUAUUGAAAAUAAUUGGCUAAAUGUUUAUUCCAUUCGAUUAU